CCUCCGGCGCCGGCAACCGAUGGACCGCUUCCAGGACGGGCACCACGUGCGGCUGCGGAGCCGCGUGUCGCGCACCUACCUCCACGCCGCCGACGACGGGGUGGGCGUCACGCUCCACGAGCGCCGCGCCUCCAUGAACGCGGCGUGGGCGGUGCACAUCUACCACGGCGACGACGGCCCUUACCUGCUCUUCCACAGCGCCGCCUACGGCCGCUACCUCGCCGCCACGGCCACGCCGGCGAGGCUCGGCCACCGGGGCCUCCGCGCGGAGCUGCGCGACUACGACCAGCCGGGCGUGGAGGCCGUCAUGUGGCAAGCCGUGGGGUCGGGCUUCGCGGACGACGUCGUGCUGCUCCGCAACGUCGGCGGCCGCUACCUCCGCGCCAACGGCAGGUACAUCCGCUGGAACGCCGGCGUCAGCGUCGACAACAGCUUCAGCUCCAUGAUGUACUGGGUCGUCGAGCCCAUUCCCGCCACAGAGGACAUGCCUGCCCUUCCUGCCCCGCCUCCGAAUCCCCCAUACGGAUACCUCCUCGGGGUCAUCCACCUGGAGCCGGAACGGCUGAUCCGGUUCGUGCGGGCGCAAGACGACGGGCACUACCCCGAGGACCCCGAGGACGAAGGCUGGCAGCAGUUCUGGUUCAGGGGGACGUCCGCGUUUCGCCUGAGGGACGACCUGGGGUUCCUCGUCGGCGCCGUUGUGUACUAUCCGGACAUCGCCAUGUGCGUCCGAGCGGGCCGCUACGGGAGGCUGACCCCGCUCGUCGUCGACCUGCCCGACGGCGGCUAUGGCGACACCCUCGAGAUUGUCGUCUUCCUGGCCGACACCCCUGCCUACAAUGAGCUGCGACACCCAGAUGUCCACGCGGAGUAGAGGAAGAUCGGAGCGGGGAUCCUGAAAGUUCACAUGCCCACAAGUUUCGCUGCCUGGACGACAACAGAACUGGGCGCCUACUUUUGCCUAUGGAUAGAUAGAUAGGUUCAGAGAACUCUCUGUUUCUUCUGCUAGCUAAACUUGCUCCGUUCUGGAUUCAGAACUGCUGAGUGUGUUGCGUCCAAUGGCUGAACAAUUUUGUAAUUCUGAGAUGUGAUUUCUGGUGUGCUUCAUAGACGAAGUAUUUCACUGUAGGG